AUGCAAGUCCUACUCCUUGGUGGUCACGGCAAAGUAGCCCUCCAUUUGACCCCGCUCCUCCUCGCCCGCUCUUGGAACGUCACCAGCGUCAUUCGUAAUCCAGAGCACGAAAGUGAAAUUCUCGCGCUGGGCAAAGGCGCCAAGGGCAAACUCAACGUGCUUCUCUCCAGCUUGGAUGAUGUGAAGAGCGAAGGAGAUGCCAAGAAAGUCCUCGACGCCGUUGAUCCGGACUACGUAGUCUGGUCUGCAGGCGCCGGCGGCAAAGGUGGUCCCGCCCGCACGCAGGCGAUCGAUGAAGUCGCCGCGAAACAUUUCCUGACGGCCUCCUUCGCCCGCCCCCGAGUGACCAAAUUUCUCCUGGUGUCCUGGAUCGGCAGCCGACGCAACCCGCCCAGCUGGCUCUCCAACGACGACUGGGCCGGCCUCCAGAACGUCUUCCACAACGUCCUCCCCGCAUACGCCAAGGCCAAGCUCGAAGCCGACGAGUACAUGACCGCGCUGGCCGCACAACGCAAGAAGCUCGUGGCGGCCGGCGCCGCGCAACCCCUGCAGGCGAUCAACCUGCGGCCGGGCACGUUGACCGAUACCCCCGCGACCCGCAAGGUCGAUCUCGGCAAGACGAGGAAGGGCGUGGAUAACGUCACCAGAGAGGACGUGGCGAUCGUGGCGGAUCUGCUCUUGGCCCGGGACGACACGGACGGUUGGUAUGAUCUUCUGAAUGGGGAGGAGGGGGUGGAAGAGGCUGUCGAACGAGUGGCGAGUGAGAAGGUUGAUGCGGUCGAAGGUGAGGAUGUGGAGGGUAUGGUGAAGAGAUUUGGUUUGUGA